UACAGCACUCGGAAAGCCGCUAUAAGUUUUUGGGUAGAAUCCUAACCACAAAGUUUUCAUUAACUAUACAGGCGAAUUUUGCUAAAAGGCUUUCUAUUCAAUUUAAUUCAAUAAAACUGAACAUUGCUCAAUGGAUUCUAAACUGCAUGUUACUUUCGCUGUGUUGCUUUUACUGCUCGCUUCUUUUACAAAUGCUAUAGAAUGGUCCGAGUCCAUAAAUGCUGAAGAAGCACACCAGCGGUCGAAGCGCAGCCCUGACCAGCUGCUAGAGACAGUCGUUUUAACCCAGGCGGAAAAGGAUCAAAUCGUGGCCUUGCACAAUAAGUUCCGUUCUGAUGAAAUGGCGUCAAAUAUGCUAGCAAUGUCCUGGGAUAACCAAAUCGCGAAUUUCGCAUCAUCCUAUAUAUCAAAUUGUGAGUUUUCGCACAGUAGUUCGGCGGAGCGGAGUCGGCAUUCCAUAUUUAGUUAUUUAGGAGAAAACCUUGGAGUGACCGUUUCUUCGUCCUCAACCAGAUCAAGGGGUUUCAUUAUCCGUGUCAAUCAAUUGUGGUACGAUGAAAUAAAUGACUAUACGUACAGUAUUUUCACGUGUGCUGCUGGCAAAGCAUGCGGCCAUUACACUCAACAAGUUUGGGCUAGUACCUACAAGAUAGGUUGCGGAGCUGCAUACUGCGCUCGCAGGAACGGUGGUUCGGGAUAUCAACUCAUGGUAGCGUGUCAAUACGGACCUGGUGGCAAUCUCCUUAAUACGAAUGUAUCUCCGCGAAGAGUUGGCCAACCUUACAAUAAAAAUGGUGCACCGUGUUCUGAAUGCUCAUCGGCGGAUACAUGUGUUAACAAUCUGUGCAUGAAUCUUGCGAGAGGCGACGUUAUACCGACCAACAGUACACCAACAACUACAAGUACACCAACAACUAGCAGUACACCAACAACUAGCAGUACACCAACAACUACAAAUACACCAACAACUAGCAGUACACCAACAACUACAAGUACACCAACAACUAGCAGUACACCAACAACUACAAGUACACCAACAACUACAAGUACACCAACAACUACAAGUACACCAACAACUAGCAGUACACCAACAACUAGCAGUGCACCAACAACUAGCAGUGCACCAACAACUAGCAGUACCUCUCCACCUACAACGAGCUCAGGACCACCUUCCACAACUGAAAGACCAAGCAGUACACCCCCGCCUACAAUGUCGUCCACAGCACCCACCAGCACCUCAGCACCGACCACUGACCCUACGACCGGUCAAUGCCAGGCGAUUCAAGAGUACAAAGAAGCUUUAGCAGCAUACCAGACGGAACUGAGGAACUGGCAGAACCUUUUCAAUGCUUGGUUGGCUGCACAGCCGUGAAAACAUACAAAACCGCACUUAUACAAUUCGAAAGAUUUGCACACAUUUACUGCAGUCGUCAUUUUUUUGCUUAAUAUAACAUCUGUAUACCCGAUAUAGCUUUUCAAAUAUAAUAAUUGUACUGCACAGAA